AUGUAUAAAUCUUCAGACCCAGUUGAGGCGUAUGCGCCGAAUCACGCUCGUUAUCCGUCAGCUGUAGAGCAGUCCGCACUGACGAGCAAGGGAAGUCAUGAUCCCAUGUCUACCUCCUACCAUAGCAAACUCGGACGGCGGCAACGAGCGAGACAAGCCUGCUUGACUUGUAGAGCGCGAAAGAUUCGGUGUGAUGUAUGUUUCAGCGGUGUGCCGUGCCUGAACUGUAAGCUAGACUCGCAGGAGUGUGUAGUGAAACCAAGGAUUCGCAAGUGGGCCACAAUUCAAAGCUCAGAGAGUCAGAAAUCUGCCGAAGCUGGAGACUGUGAAGGGCCCCACGACGUCUCCCCGGCAAUCAUGUCACCGUCGCAUUACCUCCCAGAUCUUAUCGAGGAUUUCGUCACGUCUGGCGACCAAUCUGGAGCGACUGUGGACAUAGAUACCACACCUACAUCAACGAGCCUACAUAAACAUUCGGCCAAGACAUGCUUUUCGACGUCAUCGGCAACAAUAGAAGCUACUUUCAGAGAAAAUGAGCCUGACUCAGCUCCAGAGGACUCUGCCGACGCUAUAUGUGAUCUACGACAUGAACUAUCCAAGUUGGAAGAAAAUCGUACAAAACCCAAAGCUACGUCGUCCCAGUCUUCAGCUGGGUUUCUUCUAGCGUCUUUCUACCACUUCGUCAAACUCCCCACUUUCACGAAGAUGGACCCCGAUGCCGCCCAAUUCUUAGAAAAGAGGGGAUGCCUGCAUCUCCCUGCCCCCCCGAUCUUGGAAGAGAUAAUACAAAGUUAUUUCUUGUACUUCCACCCGCUGGUUCCGCUACUGGUUGAGCAAGCCUUUUGGGAAGCGUACGACGGGCAUGGCUCAGCAGACCCUUUGGCCCGGGCGAUUCCACUGUUCAUCCUUCAAGCCAUGCUCUUCGUAUCCUGCCCUUAUGUUUCAUUGGAGUCACUCGAUAGACUCGGUUUUCGAACUGUCAAGGAGGCCCGCGCUGAGUUUUAUUCAAGAGCCAAGACUUUGUUUGACCUCCAAAUUGACCUGGAUGAUCGAGCCCGAUCACAAGGAGCCUUGAUGCUAACGUACCGUACAACGGAGUUCAAUGAUAGAAGUGCCACAUACUGGCUUGGUAUUUCCAUCCAUUAUGCCAAAAACAUUGAAGCUUACUGCUACGAUGAAAAUCUGGACCUGUCUCUCAAACGCUUGUGGUGGUGUUGCGUUCUACGUGACAGAGUCCUGGCUUUGGCUCUUCGCCAGGCACCAUUAAUAAGUCCUGAAGCGGUUGACUUUAGCCACGGGGGGUUUGUGUUUGGCGAUUUUGCUCACGAAGUCAGAUCUUCGAGGGUGUAUGGAGCUCCAGUGAAGAAGGUUCUGGUUCAGGUCGCGAUAGUCCUCUGCGAUCUGGGGAUGAUUCUCAACGACGUACCUUUGGAGCAUCACUCCACCACGGGCCGCAUGAAGAACAAGCUGCGCCCAGAUCAGAUCAAAGCCCUACUUUCAAAGCUCGAUAACUGGUACCAAAACACUUAUGUCGAACUGCGCACGGCAUCACUUUCCGCGGGCGCACAUGAUUCCAUCAUUCUGUUUUCUAAUGUCCUCUAUACUUACUACUAUGCGGCCAAGGCAUUAUUAUACAACUAUAUCUUACUGGGUACAGUUUCCUCAAAUGAUGCGAUUUCACCAAAUCAUGAUCGGACUAGACUCGAGGCACAGGGGAACUUAAGCCGCUGCGUUCGUGGUAUUGCUGAGAACCUAAUGGAGUUGAAAAACUUUGGUUUGGUAAAAUAUCUACCAAUAACCUUCAUCAGCUUCGCAGCGACGCCAUUGGUGUGGGAUCUGUUGCAGGCCCAGAUGCUCAACUUUGAUGACAGAGCACAGGGUUUGAAAAAAGACUUGAAGACCCAUCUUGACGUGAUGGGUGGUUUUAAUGACCUCUAUGAGAACGCGGAAAGCACAGUCAGAUGCGUCAAACAUAUUGUGGAACACGUUAAGACCCAGGAGCCCUUACCACAACCAAAGGUCUUUGCCCAGGGGUCGCCACAAACUGGUCUCGAUAGCCAAACUCAACCACGAGGUGGGCGGGUCACUAGCUGGAAAGACUUCGUGGUUGAAGAUCCCCAGAGGUAUUUGCGAAUCGUGUUGACGGUGGAAUACUCUCUUGCUCAUGGGCAUUGUCCGUCCGAAGCUGAUUUCCCCCAAUCACUUCGCAUGCCCCAACACGGGAUUACUACCCACAGUUGGGAAGAGUUGGGAUCCUCAGUUGACCCAGAUUGGUUUAACGAGGCCUUUGAUGAUAUUAUAACCAGCUAUAGUGAUCCUAAUGCUUAG